AUGUGACGUCACGCCGCGGAGGCUUAUGGGGAGACAAAUGGCGUCGAAAGCCAAAACGUGUCGGUCGACGCGUCUGCGAUGAAUUAAAUGUGUUUAUUUCCCUUUGGGCAGGAGCCCGACAUGGCCGACAAGCGUUACAUUUGCUCGUUCGCGGGCUGCGCGGCGGCCUACAACAAGCAGUGGAAGCUGGACGCGCACCUGUGCAAGCACACGGGCGUCAAGCCGCACGCGUGUCCGCACGCCGGCUGCGGCAAAGCCUUCUGCAGCCUCUCCCACCUCGCCCGCCACCAGCUCACCCACAGCGGCCUGCGCCCUUUCCCCUGCGCGGUGGACGGCUGCGCGCAGGCCUUCACCACCAACGCCAACCGGGCCCGGCACGUCGGCCGCGCCCACGCCGGAGAAGCCAAGCGGUACCGCUGCCAGGCGGACGGCUGCGGCCUGGAGUUCCGCAAGAACAAGCAGCUCAAGUCGCACAUGAGCGAGCGCCACACGCGCGCGCCCGCCUACCCGUGCGCGCACCCUGGCUGCGGCAUGCGCUUCACUUUCCCCAGCGGCCUCAAACGCCACAUGAAGGUGCACCGCGGCUACCCCUGCGCCCUGGACGGGUGCGCGUUCACCGGCGCCACCUGGACGGAGUACCUGAAGCACCGGAAGGAGCAGCACCGGCCGGCGGUCGCCUGCGAGCAGUGCGGCAAGGUCUUCAAGGAGUCCUGGACCCUGGGGCAGCACCGGAGGGUCCACUCGGACACCCGGCUGGUCUUCAAGUGUCCCCGGGAGGCCUGCGAGCGCUCCUUCACCACCACCUUCAACCUGCAGAGCCACAUCCGGGCCUUCCACGACGAGCUGCGGCCCUUCGCCUGCGGACACCCGGGCUGCGGCAGGGCCUUCGCCAUGAAGCAGAGCCUCCGCCGGCACCGCGUGGUCCACGACCCGGACCGGAAGAGGAUGCCGCGGCCCAAGAGGUCGCUGACCUCCCGGCUGAGCGGCUGCAGCGACAAGACGGCCGGCGUGUGUGGGAAGGGCCCCGGUGCCGUGGAGCUGGUCUCUCUGCUGCAGGACACGUCCCUGCUGGGUCGUCCCGCUGUGGACCCCCAAGGACUCUCGGUGGCCCUCACAGCACCCCUUACACUGUAGAGCAGUGGUCCCCAACUUUUUUGUAUCCGCGGACCGGUCAAUGCUUAAUAAUUUGUCCCACGGUCCGGGGGUGUCCUUUUUUUUUUUUUUGUCAUGAAAAAUGGAACGUUCUUGUCAUGAAAAUGGGAGUUUUUUGUGGUUGGUGCACCAUUUGUAAGUGUAUAUUGUGUUUUUUUAUGUUGAUUUAAUAAAAUUUUUUUUUUUUUUUUUUUUAAUGAAAAUGCCUUCUGUGGCCCGGUGGUUGGGGACCACUGCUGUAGAGGACGCUUUUAAUGCCAUCAAGAUGAAGUAUUUAAACCAGGGUGUCCAAAGUGUGGCCUCAGUGGCCCUCACACUGUAGAGGAUGCUUUAAGAAUGAAGAAAUGUAAUUAAAAUGUUAGUUUUUUUUUCCUUACAAUGAAUGAAAUCGUGCUAAAAAUAAAUGCACAAUGACAAUAAAAGCAUAUAUUUACCA